AUGGCCAUGAAAGGCAUGUUGGGACGUCCUCGCACUGGCACUGGCACUGGCACUGGCAGCAAUGAUGCUACUAGUAAUUGCGACACUGCCACUGCCAAUUUUGCCUCUGAAAAUGCGACUGCGUCUCUACGAGUAAACAACCAUGACGACGCCUCGACACUGGCGUCUUCGUCGGUCAAGUUUACCGUGGUGAGCGAGUUGACAAUGCCAUGCACAGAGGGUACUGUCACUACCAGUACUCGCAGAGGCAUGGAACGCCGCCAAUCCUUUUGCACGCCCUUGCCGGCCCAACGUCCCUUAAGCAACGACUUGUCGAGCUUUACCAUUGACAAGCUCAAUUACAAGUCCCUGCAAGUGUAUGGUAGAGAUGACGAACUGGACCUCCUACGCAAGUGUUGGACGCAGACACAACGCGAUCGUCGUCGUCGUCAAGUCGUCAUGGUGGGAGGGAUAUCUGGCAGUGGCAAGACGCGAUUGGUCCAAGCCGCACUGCGCCACCAUGGAAACUUUGUCCGAGGCAAAUUUGUUGAUAGUGUACCGUACUCGGGGAUUGCCACUGCCUGUGCCGAGAUUUGUGGCCUUGUCUUGGCGCAUCCAGACACGACAUCCAUCCAACAAGAGCUCGUGGCGGCCAACCUGUCGCUCCUGACCAAAGUCAUUCCAAUAUUGGCAGAAGUGCGGUUCCUAAAGAUUGUAUCCGAGGCAUUGGCAAUGCCUCCUUUGGUACUCGUGCUGGACGAUUUGCAAAAUGCGGAUGCGGCCUCUCUCGAUUUGUUGGAAUACAUCAUUCGUACUAGUAAUGGACAACAAGCACCGCAAAACAUCAUGAUUGUGGGAAUUUAUCGAUCCAAUCAAGUGGAUGGCAAGCACAUCUUAAAGCACUUGCUGGAUCGAUUGGACUUGGCCAACACAGCGACAGCGACAGCGACAACCUGCGACAUCCACAAGAUCCAUAUUCAGGAUCUUUCCCUCGAGGCGGUCAACAGCAUUGUCCAAGACUUGUUGGACAACGGCAAUAACGACAAAACACUGCCUCUGGCACAAUUGUGUCUCAAGCGCACAAACGGCAAUGCCUUUUUCUUAUUGCAUUUUCUACAGUUAUUGCACGAGGCGGAAUUGAUACAGUUCAACUUUUUAAAAUACCUUGUCGUGGACAUGGGUAUGCAUAGCAGACUUCUUGCCCAAUUGGGUGCUCCUACCGCAACAACAAUCCGCUAUACGUUUGUGCACGAUAAGAUAUUUGAGGCAGCGCUCUCUCUGAUCUCACCGGACCAAAGGCCAAGCUUCUCUCGUCGACUGGGCAAUGUCUUGGUCUCUCACAAGUUGUUGAAUCACAAGGAACGGGAAUCCAUCUUGUUUGUUGCUGUGGGUCUGUUGAACGAAUCCAUUGAGCAACUGCUAAAGGAGGACGAUCGGGAAGCACUUUUAGAGUUGGCGCAAUUCAACUACACCACAAGUUGCAAAGCAGUGGCGCUGUCGGCGUUUGGAGACGCGGCAACAUACGCAGGCAAGGGAAUAGAUGCUUUACCCUCCAACAAUAGUUGUUGGCAGGAGCACUAUAAGUUGACGUUGGGGUUGUAUUCCAUCAAAGCAAAAGCUGAGGGAUUCGAAGGCAAUGUGGAUGUCAUGGAGCGCUGCUGCAAGGCCGUACUGGAUCAAACGGACAAGCCCAUUGAAGAUAAGUUCGACGUUUACAAGACAUGGAUCGACAACUUGGCGAAUCGCGGGGACGUGAAGCAGGCGGUGGAUUUAUCUUUUGAUAUCCUGGCAAAGUUUAAUUGUCGCUUUCCAAAGAACCCGGCGUUGGUGACCAUCGGAGUGCUUGGCGGCCUCAUGAAACUCAAGAUGAGUUGCAAGUCUCUUGAUCUUUCAAACCUUCCCCCAAUGACAGAUCAGACACGCAUUCAUCUGGUAGAUAUUAUGGAGCACCUUGCCAUGCACCUCUUCUUGAUGCAUGACCCCAGGCUACCAUUGGUAAUCUUCAAGGUUUUGAAAUGGACAUUGAAGUAUGGUUACUGUGAAUACUCUGCACCUAGCUUUGUCAAGGCAGGAGUCUGCGCAAUUGGGUUCCUCGAUGACAUCCAAGGAGGAUCUAAAUACGGGGACCAGGCCAUGAUUUUACUGGAAAAGUCUCAAUCACGAGGAGGAAGGUCGAGGACGGCGUUCGUGGUGCACACGAAUCUGUAUGCUUAUACGAAACCUUGGAGGACGCUGUUCAAGCCAGCAUUGGAAGAUUAUGACCAGUGUCUGCAGUCUGGCGACACAGAAAGUGCCAUGUGGGCAAUUCAUCAUUACAUAGAGAUUCGAUACAUGGCAUCUGUGCCGUUGCAGACACUGGCAGCAGACUUGCAAGUCUACAUACGACAAAUGAAAGAUCUGAAUCGAGAGAUUCAUUUCAUGUUCUGCAGUAUCAUGUUGCAGACCGUUCUGAAUCUGAUGGGUCGAAACAAUUCCACUGAACCAACGAACAUGGUUGGAGAUGCCUUCACAGAAGAGCUCAAACAGCGAUUUGAUGGGGAAAUGAUCUUUGCUGGUGCUAGUGGAGAGCUUCGUCUAUACGAAACCAUCCUGCUAGGAUACUUUGGGGAGUACGCUCGAAUCGCAGAUCACGUGGUCGAUGCGGGGCCAGAUUUUCUUUUGAAGAUAAACAUGGGGCAAAUGACAAAUCCAUGGGAUAUUUACCUGAAGGGUGUUUCCUGCUUCGCAACCGCUCGCCAGACGGGAAGGAAAAGGUAUGCCAAGUUGGGACGCAUUUUUCGUUCCAAGAUCAAGAAGUGGGUUGACGACGGUGAUUCCAAUAUUGGUCAUUACUUGUGUUUGCUGGAUGCUGAAGCGAUGGCCCUGCAAGGAGACAAUUCUAGGGCCACCCAGUUGUACGAGACAACGAUUCUUUUGGCGGCCCGAUCUGGUUUGUUGCACGAUGCUGCACUGGCAAGCGAGCGCGCUGGAGACUUUUACUUGACAAUUCUACAGGAUAGAGACGAGGCUCGCUAUCGCUUUAGAGAAGCAGUGAAGUACUGGACGAAUUGGGGUGCCAUUGGAAAAGUUGCAGUGCUGGAGAGACAGUAUGCUGAUCUCUUGCAGCAACCACCAGGUGUUGUCUCCAUUCGAGGACACCAUAGCAGCAAUUCUAUAAGCUGGUAA